AUGAGCUCCGGUUCAUCAUCGACUGCAGGCUCCAAUGCCUAUUCUUCAGACAUGGUAGAGGCUGACUUCCUCAAACGCAAUCGAGUUCUACAUGUGGCCCGCUUGGGUCUCUCUUUUGCACUGCUUGCGGGCUCGAUCGCCGUCAUUGCCUGUGAAGCGAUUCCUUACAAUCAUUAUAAGAGCACGGUCAAAUGGGCCAGCGUGGGGCUUGACCUGUGGCCUCCAAAUCUCGAUAUCCGCCCAAGUAUUGCUGCUAUUGCCUGUGGGUGUGUAAUCGCGGCAUUGAAUUUGAUAUAUUUCGUCGUUGCCGUUCUGCCUUCUCCGUAUUCUCGAAUUCAGCUCUUGAACGGGUAUUCGUCGGCCUCAGCCAUCGCGGGAUUUAUUACUGCUCUCGUUGGCAUCCUCUUCAGCAUCUACCUUCCUUCAUCCACGUAUCCCACCGGCUACACGAGAAACGAAACCCUGCAAAGCUGGACUUGCAAAUGGAGCUCUUAUGACGGAGACACUACUGCUCCCAGUCAUUUUUCGCGUGACUGCCAUGACAGUCGCGCUGGCUUCGCUCUGCUAUACGUGCUCCUUGCAUUGGAAAUCUGCAUGGGCUUUGGAGCUCUUGCUGGGGCUUGGUUCCAGAAGAGCGUGGGGCGUCGCCGUGAGGAGCAGCUCCAGCUGGAGAAACUGGAGAUUGCAACAAAACAAGCAUAUCGUGCGUAA